AUGGUGUACACUGAUGAUGCGCCCCGGAAUCAAGGACCAACCGUAUGGUGUGUAUAUGAACCUGUUUUGGUCACUGACAAUCAUGGGAACGUAGUUACUAACCCACUUGACGCUGCCCGCCACUGUCUUGUGUCAAGAACAGACUUCAAUUCCCUUAAUCCAACUACCACCCCUGCUUCUGUCUUGAUAUCAGGGCACAGAAUGGCUGAGAAAGCAGACGAUUUAUACCUACCGAAUGCAGUGCUUCUUCGAAUUAUACGUGAAUCUCUACCUGAACGAACGAUAGUCAGUCGUGAGGCACGUUCAGCUAUCAGUAAAUCAGCUAGUUCAUUUAUUCUCUAUGUUACUUCACUGGCUAGUGUUCAUUGUGAAAAAUCAAAACGUAAAACGUUAACUGGAAAUGAUAUAUUGGCUGCUUUGAAAGAAAUGGAAUUCGGUCAUUUUAUACCAGCGUUGAAUACAUUUCUAGAAAAGUAUCGUGAACAAACAACUGCAAAAAAGACGCAUAAACGUUUAUACAGUGAAAUUGAUGAUGGGAAGACCAGUAACCAGUUGAUUAAGAAUCUACCAGCCUCCUCCUCGUCCUUAGUAGCAUCAUCAUCGUCGUCAGCAUCAUCCACAGUGAUACCGAAUUCUAAACUCUUGAGUGAUAACAACGUCAUCAACACCACCAACAACAACGUUGUCUCCUUAUCAGAGAUUGAAGAAGAGAAUAUAGACGAAGCUGAUCCAAACGAUGAAGAUAUUACUGAUGAUGAGGAUCAGGAUGAAGAAGAGGCAGAAGACGCUGACGGUAUGGAAGUCGAUGUGGAAGGUGAAGAAGCAUUAGAAGUAGAAGAUGAAGUGGAACCAGAUGAAGAUGUUCAUUUCAAUGAAAAAAAUGUAGAUCAUGCGGAUCAAGUAGUCAUUGUUAUCGGAGAUGAUGACAAUAGUUCACAGAAGACAGAAGCUUUGAAAGAAAAUGAUGAUUCUGUUUGAUGGAUGAUAUUGUGUUCUCCUGUAAAUGGAAAGGUGUGCGUGUGUGUAUGUAUGUAGAGUCGCCUAUCUAUUAUUUUUCUUCAAUUUCAGUGCAUUUAUUUUAUACAAACUAGGUAGGAUUGUUGAAUAAACUGACUAACUAACGAACUAACUAACUAAUUGUCUCUUAUUUUUUUUUCACCAAAAGUUUCUCUGUGCUGGUUAGAUUUUAUGUAUUUUUCAUGAGAGAGUAUUUCAAGUUUAUGUAAAAUGUCUAGAAAAAAAAAACCAUUACUUCGAUAUUUUGUGUGCCCUUGGCUGUAAAGGGAAUGCCGAGAAAAUACACUGCACUGAUUAAGGCACUCACUCUACUCGAACUCAUGCAGUCAACCAGAUGAGAGCUUACGGCGAGUUGUCAUCUUAACUGGUGACAACUAGUGUAGCGGUGUCCGUCAAGGAUGCCUAUUAUCCCCAUUUCUAUUGAAUUUCAUCAUAGAUCUACUAAUGGACUUAACCCCAAACUGAAUUCAGCGACUCAGGGAUUGACUUGUUGCGGUCAGGGAAUAAUAGUCUCGUUGACUUAGAAUAUGGAGAUGAUAUAGUCCUCCCUGCUAGGCGAGGACGCUGACAAAAUCCAGCAGAGUCUUUUGAACGCCUUGAGCUGCAAUCUACGAAUGUUUGGCAUGC